CCUUACCUUCUUCCCCUAAGGCUUUCUCCCCCCGCCGCCGCCGCCGCCAUGAUCGAGACCGAUGCGGUGCCGCCGUCGAGGGUGACCGCCCAGAUGGUGGAGAACGCCGUUAAGGCUCUCCUCAGAUGGAGAGAGCAGAAAUCCAAGGACGAGAAGCCGCAACUUCUCGAGCAGGACGAGUUCGUCUACUUGUUCGUUACCUUGAAGAAGAUUCCCCGGACGAGCCGUACGAAUCCGUUCCGGAUCCGCCUUCCUCACCCGAUUAUCAACACGUCUGUAGAUUCGCCGGAGAUAUGUCUCAUCAUCGAUGACCGAUCCAAAAGCGGCAUCUCAAAGGAAGACGCGAUGAAGAAGAUCAAAUCAGAGGACAUACCCAUCAGUAAGGUGAUCAAGCUCUCGAAGCUGAGGACUAAUUAUAGGCCGUUCGAGGCGAAACGGAAGCUCUGCGACUCCUACGAUAUGUUUUUCGCCGACAGGAGGGUGAUUCCGCUGUUGCCGAGGUUGCUGGGUAAGAAGUUCUUCAAGAGCAAGAAGAUUCCGGUGCCAAUCGAUUUGAAGCACAAGAACUGGAAGGAGCAACUGGAGAAGGCGUGCGGUUCUGCUAUGUUCUUCAUGAGGACGGGGACAUGCAGUGUCGUCAAGGUGGGUAAGUUAGCAAUGGAGAGCGAUGAAAUCGGCGAGAACGUGAUAGCGACAGUGAACGGAGUGGCUGAGAUUGUGCCCAGCAAGUGGAAAAGCAUUAGAUCUCUGCAUCUAAAGCUGUGUGAGAGUUUAGCAUUGCCCAUGUAUCAAUCGGUGCCCGAUUUGAAGCUCAAGAUUGAUGCUUCUGGAAACGAAAAGGGUGUCAAGGCAGAGAAUGGCGGUGAAGAAAUAGCAAAGGGUGAUACUGAUGAAAUCAAGAGUAAGGAAGAGAAUGCAUCAGAGAAGCCGCAGAAGAAGAAAGGGAGGAUACAUGAGGUUCUGUAUAUGGACAGUAAUGUAUCUGAAACGAUUGAUGGGAAAAAAAUCGGUGUCAACAGAGAAGAUAAGGAAAUCGGUGAGAUGGGUAUUGAAGAAUCUGGGGGUAAGAAGAGGAGGAUGAAUAAGACUGGUAAUAAACCUUCCGAGAUGGAGAAACCGGUGAAGAAGGCGAUGCAGAAGAGGAAAGUAGACAAUGCUAAACAAAAAGAGAAGAGUAUAAUAGAGGAGCAAAAGCCAAAGAAGCAAAAGAAUGGUGGGGAAGAGUUGAACAAGAAGAUGAUGAAGAUGAAGAAGAAGAGUGAUGUCAGUAAUUAAGGAAAGAAGAUGAAGAUUGAGCGUGUAAUAGAGGAGAAGGAAAUGAUUCAUGGGGUGUGUUAAUAUACUCAUUCUGAGUAAUUUUUUUUACUGAUUAAGAUGUUUUGUCAUUUUAAAUUCUUGAUUGAUUUUUGAAGAAGCAACCCAUCCUUUUGUUAGACU